AUGGGCUGCAAUGUUUCUAACAGGGUCACUGUCAUACAGCUGUCUUCUGAGGAGCUACAGAACAACUAUGAAGCCAAAAGCCAAGUAGUGACUUCUUCCAAACAAGCCCUGUAUAAAACUAAAAAUGACAGUAUUGCUAGAACUGAGCCUAUCCUCUCAUUGAACGGAGCAGCCUGGCCAACAGACACUUCAAAGGAUGGAGCCAAACUCAGAGAUGAGACCACUGAGGGGAACUCCCCUGGGGAACUACCGGAAAGAUUUACAACUUCUCAGAAAAACACAAAGCACAGCAAUGCUGUUACAACAAAAUUGAUAGACCAUGAAAGCAUAGGAAAGUUUGGGUUCAUUCAACAGAAGAGCGCAGCGUUCUUUACAAGACAGCCUUUUAAUGCACUGCUCACCAAUGAGUUCUCCUGUAAAUCAUGGCCCUUACAGAAAACAGAGCAAAAAUCAGACAUUCCUGAGGUACUGAGGAUGCAGAGAAUAAUCAAGAGCCAAAACACCUUCCUUUCAUAUACUUCUCCAGUCCUGGCAGUGAGAGAUGCCCUGGAAGGGACACUGAAGGAACCACUAGCUAGGCUGGAAAAUAUUAAGUUUUUAAACAAAGAAGUCGGCGAUUUUACAGUGAAGGACAAAGACUUCUUGCUUGUUUCAUCACCUAAAACCAUCUCGUUUUCAAAAAUUGAGCUAAUGCAGACAAUUCAUGUUAGGAAAGAGGAACUGAACAAAAUGCCACAAUACAUCACAUUUUUCCCAGCAACUGCCCACCAGACUGUGGGUAAACAGACUGAGAAGAACUGCCCAAGUUUUGGAAGUCAAGUAGGUACAGACACCCCACUCUCACCGUUAAAUGGAGAGCCAGAGGUACUGCUGAAGGCAAUAACUGCAGCAGAAGCCAUAAAAAAUUAUACCAAGGACUCUGUCAUCGAGUCUGAAACUUACAACUGCAUCAAUGAAAUAAUCUGGAUCUAA